GAGGGCGGGGCGCGGGAAGGGGGAGUGUCUGCCCGCCGCUGCCACCGCCGCCGCCUCCGCUCUCCCGCUGCCGCUGCUGCCGCCGGGGCUGAGGAGUUCGCCCCAGCCCUGCCCUCCGAGCCGGCCUGCGCUUCCCGCCCGGACGGAGGGCGCUCAGCCCCGCGCGAGUCGGGCAGGGACGCGGGAGUCGCCUCGGCCCGUGGAGCGGCGGGGACGGCCCCGGCACCCACCCCUACCCCCGCCCCCACCCCUUCUCCCCUCCCUGACCCCUUCUUUCCAUCGCCCCAGUCAUGGGGAACGCGGCGACCGCCAAGAAAGGCAGCGAGGUGGAGAGCGUGAAAGAGUUUCUAGCCAAAGCCAAAGAAGACUUUUUAAAAAAGUGGGAAAAUCCUGCUCAGAAUAAUGCUGGACUCGAGGAUUUCGAAAGGAAAAAGACCCUCGGAACAGGUUCAUUUGGAAGAGUAAUGCUGGUGAAACAUAAAGCCACUGAACAGUAUUAUGCCAUGAAGAUCUUAGAUAAACAGAAGGUUGUUAAACUGAAGCAAAUAGAGCAUACUUUGAAUGAGAAAAGAAUAUUACAGGCAGUGAAUUUUCCUUUUCUUGUUCGACUGGAGUAUUCUUUUAAGGAUAAUUCUAAUUUAUACAUGGUUAUGGAAUAUGUUCCUGGGGGAGAAAUGUUUUCACAUCUAAGAAGAAUUGGAAGAUUCAGUGAACCUCAUGCCCGGUUCUAUGCAGCCCAGAUAGUGCUAACAUUUGAGUACCUCCAUUCGCUAGACCUCAUCUACAGAGAUUUAAAACCUGAAAAUCUCUUAAUUGACCACCAAGGUUAUAUCCAGGUCACAGACUUUGGAUUUGCCAAAAGAGUUAAAGGAAGAACUUGGACAUUAUGUGGCACUCCAGAAUACUUGGCUCCAGAAAUAAUCCUCAGCAAGGGCUACAAUAAGGCAGUGGACUGGUGGGCAUUAGGAGUGUUAAUCUAUGAAAUGGCAGCUGGCUACCCCCCAUUCUUUGCAGACCAACCAAUUCAGAUUUAUGAAAAGAUUGUUUCUGGAAAGGUCAGAUUCCCAUCACACUUCAGCUCAGAUCUCAAAGACCUUCUACGGAAUCUGCUGCAAGUGGAUUUAACAAAGCGCUUUGGAAACCUAAAGAAUGGUGUGAGUGAUAUAAAGACUCACAAGUGGUUUGCCACCACAGAUUGGAUUGCUAUUUACCAGAGAAAGGUUGAAGCUCCAUUCAUACCAAAGUUUAGAGGCUCUGGAGAUACCAGCAACUUUGAUGACUAUGAAGAAGAAGAUAUCCGUGUCUCUAUAACGGAAAAAUGUGCAAAAGAAUUUUGUGAAUUUUAAGGAGGAGCAACAAGAAGAUAUCAGAUGUCACACUCAAUCUUUGCACUCUGUUGAGAGAUAAGGUGGAGCGGAGACCGUCCUUGUUGAAGCAGUUGCCUAGUUCCUUCAUUCCAGCGACUGAGUGAGGUCUUUCUUACCAUCAUCUGUGUGUGCACUCUGCAUCCACCAAUGUAACAAGGCACCGCUAAGCAUUGUCUGUGCCAUAACACAGAACUAGACACUUUCCUGCUUCUCUUUGGUUUGUCUUUCUCCUCUCCUCCUACAUCCAUUUCUUCCCUUUUUCAUUCUCAUUAAUUUUUUUCCCCAACCAGUGCUCAAUUUUAUUUUAUUGGUGUUUCAGAUGGGCAGUGUUACAGCUCUAUGAUAUUUGAAGGGAAGUGUUGCUUUUAGUAGUUCUUGCCAGUAUUUUUGUUGGUCAAUGGCUUGAAGAUAUACAUUCUAAUGAUUUUUUUUAUUUGAGUAGCUCAGACCCAAUUUUGCAAAAAUUUUAGAUAGUUUUUGAAGGCAGAAUGUCUUACUACAAAGGAAGUGUACACAAAGUAAACAAUAAAUUUCUCAGAGCUCACUGUUCUGGCAAUAAAUUGGAAUAUGCUAAUAUAGAGAAUAGCUAGAUUUGGCAAUUUGGAUUCCUCUAGAUCAGAGUUCUUUUUCCCCUUACUUCCUUUUAUAUCAUCCUCCUCUUGAGUGACCAGCCUGUUCAGUGUGACAAUUGUGUCUCGUUUAUAGAAAGGAAGGACUAAUGAAAACGAUAAUCAUGAACCAGAUUCUUUCUCUUGGUACCAGCUUUUCUGUCGGUAUUAGGGAAGAGUUCAAGAUUUAUAAACCUAACUCUUCUGUAAGGAUUUUAGCCAGUAUUUUUUAAUAGAACAUGACUAAUAAAAGUGACAAAUUUUAAAUUUUCUCAAAUAAUCCUUAUUGUACGCUUUUUAAAGGAAAAGAAACUAAAAAAGAUAAUUAAUGUGGACAAUACUUUGUUAAGUUAAACAGAUAGCUUGAUUCUUGAAAACCUGUAGACAUGCUCCUCUUUAAAUGAGGCUUUUUGUUUUCCGUUGCUUCGCUUUCUAACAGUUAAAAGAGAAAGAAGUUGUUGCCAGGUCAUUGACUCAGUGUACUAUAUUUGUUAGCAUAAGAUAGAGGCACUGUUGCAACUUCUGCUUUCAACCUAUGCCUCAUCAAUGAGGAAAGGGGACAAAGUUUAUAGAACUGCCACAAUUGUAUUUUAAUUUUGUGGUGUGAUAUUUUUAGAUAAGUCAUAAUUUCUAACUGUUUCCUUUCAGUAAACAGAAUGUAUGAUCAUGCAGAUACAAAUUUAGCAUCUGAGUUUAGGGUUUUUUUUAUAUACUUUUUUUUUGCCAACUGAUUUAACAACAUUGCUGUCAUGUGGAAAUUUCAAGCACUUUUGCACAUUUAGUUCAGUGUUUGUUGAGAACCAAUGGCUUAAUUUCGUUUUCAAAAUACUUUUUUUUUUUUGCUUUUCAAUCUUCCCAUCUAGUUUUAUUCCUAUGUGUCAGUGACCUAUCUUAAAACAACACACCAAAACAUUUUCAGACAAACAGCAUUCAUUUUUUAUGAUCAAUUUACAUGCACAUAAAUGGAAUUGUUUUUAAUCAAAUUGAUCUUAAUGUAUAUAAACAUUUUACUUGCUUCAUUAUCGGUGCAGGUAGGUCACUGACUCUACUUUUCAUCCAUACUACACUCUUGUAAAACCUUUGAAGACAUUGAAAAAGCCUGCCUGAGAUGUUCUCUGCAUUAAUCUGUAUGUUUUUGGGUUGUCAAGUGUUUAUGCAUGGUUUUGUCACUUAAAGGCUGAUACUGAUUUCAGUUGGCCCACCUAUAUUUAAAUUGUGCAAGAAUAAUAUGAAAUACUUUGCUGUAUCAAGUUUUAAGUAACAAAGAUAUAUCAUCAUGUUAAUAACUUUCAGACAUAAUUUGUAUAAAAUAUUUUCAUUCAAUUUUUGUAUCUCAUUUAGACCCCC